AUGUGUAUCUUAUAUAUAUAUAUGUACGUGUGGAGUUAUGAGUUGGCGUAUAUCCUAGAAACGUCUGAUUCAUUACAACCACAACGUCAAAGUAAAAUGGCUACACUAACCAGAGCCCUCUACAGGACACGUUUUUUCUUGAUCGGAGCUGCUACGGCAGCUCUCACUGUCAACCUAAAGUCGACUACUGAUUUCAAAAACCAGGGCAACAAUAAUUGGGGCUGGGGAUUUAGAAAUGGAGGUACACUUCUCGGCAGCGCUGCUAUUGUUCAUGCUGCAACGACUGAAAGUGGUAAAAAGUUUGAGGACUUCCAGAAUGUUUACAACGCCAUUGCAAAAAAACUAAGGGAGGAAGAUGAAUACGAUAACUAUAUAGGGUACGGUCCUGUGCUUGUCCGUCUCGCAUGGCAUUCGUCAGGUACCUACGAUAAGAACGACAACUCUGGUGGGUCUUAUGGUGGAACUUAUAGAUUUAAAAAAGAAGCAAGUGAUCCGGCAAACAAGGGUCUGGAAAAUGGAGCAAAAUUUUUAGCGCCAAUUCACAAAGAAUUUCCAUGGAUUUCCUAUGGAGAUCUGUACACUUUAGGCAGCGUCACGGCAGUUCAAGAGAUGCAAGGACCAAAAAUUCCAUGGAGACCAGGUAGAGUAGAUACAGAUGAAGAGACGACACCAGAUAACGGUAGGUUACCAGAUGCAACAAAAGAUGCCAAUUAUGUUAGAAACUAUUACAAUCGGUUCGGAUUCGAUGAUCAGGAAAUUGUGGCACUGUUAGGAGCACAUUGUUUGGGUAAAACUCAUUUGAAAAAUUCUGGAUUUGAAGGUCCUUGGGGUGCUUCACCAAACAUUUUCAACAACGCUUUCUAUGUUAAUUUAUUAAAUGAGGAUUGGAAGCUUGAAAAAAAUGACGCUGGUCAAGAGCAGUAUGAUUCCCCCAGUGGGUUCAUGAUGUUGCCAACUGAUUAUGCCCUCGUUCAAGAUCCAAAAUUCUCAAGGUACGUCAAGAAGUAUGCAGACGAUGAAAGUGCUUUCUUCGAAGAUUUCAAAAAAGUAUUUGUCAAAUUGUUAGAGAACGGUAUCUCGUAUGAGAAAUCAUCGCCAGCUUUUGUUUUCAAGACUUUGGAUGAGCUAGAAUCAAACGAAUAG